CCUCACGUUGGGUUUCCAGCUGCGGCGCCAUGGACGGCUCCGGCGACGAGACAUUCCCCGGCACCUCGCCCCCCUCGCCCGGGGCCUCGAACAACGUGACGCUGUGCUCCAACCCGGGCCUGCCCGUCGCCGCUUCCACCGUGGCAAGGGCCCGCCCGGGCUGCUGCACCAGGAUUUCUGAUGUUCAAGCAUCUUAUCUGGAAGAAGGGAGACUUUCACUUCCAUCAAUAACUCCCCCAAGUAGCCAGUCUGACUCUGAGCCAGUGGGGAAGCUUGCUCUCAACCUUCAGGAUGAUUGGGAAAGUACUGUCCAAAUUAAAGAAGCUCAUCCUAUUUUUGAUAAUUUGGAAGAGUCCAGCUUAAUACAGAGAGGAAUCAAUCAAAAUGGUGCUGCUGAGUGCUCAAGUCGCAGUCAAGAUUCUUUGUUUGAAAUAUUACCACUUGAACUUUUGGAAGAUUUGUCCAUUGGAAUAUGUUCAUUGCCACAAACUAAUAAAGAGAUCAAGGUUAAGCAGUCUGAACCUGGAGGAAAAUUGGAUGGUGAAAUGUUAAGUGAGCAGUGCAGCACAAGUCAUUUGGAUUGUUUGGAGAAUGAGAAGCUACUGAAUCUUGCAAGUUUAGAUGAAUACUCAACUGAUGAUGAUAUUGAUGAUGGAGAAUUCUAUGACGACCAGCUGGAAGCUUAUUUUGAGCAGCUGGUACCACCAGAAAUGCUGAGAGGAAUACAGGAACUUUCAGAACGUUGUGCAGUAUUGGAACUUCUGGAAAAUGGCUUGAAUCGGGUGCCUACUGUUCAUGGAGCUGCACCCAGAGUGGAUGCUACAACUGCUAGUAACAAAGAGGCACAUGAACUGGGGGAAGCUGGACACCACAAACAAGCAGGACAGUUCUUGUUGCCAAAAACAAUAGGUGAAAGUAACAGGGCAACUUUCAGACCUGGACUAGAAGGUAUUUCUGAGGAACCUUCCUUUGGAACAGUGGCAAAUUCUGAGACAGAGUACAGUCAGUCUGCAGAGAACCAGGUUAUUAGUGUGCCCAUAACAGGUAAUGGCUGUAGUAUUAAAGAGAGUGGAAAUGAAGAUGGAGUAACUUGGGUACCAUCUUUUCUUCCUGAAGUGGAGAUAGUUGGGGUUAAAAAUGAGUUGGCACAGGCUCCUUUCACAAGUGUUAUUCCUGAAGCUAUUCCUGUUUAUGCUGAGGAUUCCAUGAAUUGUGGUGGUAUGCCAGAAUCCAUCAAUAUUGCUGAAGUAAAAGUAUCUUCGUUAUAUCUUCAAAACAUGGACAGCAAUAAGAAUAACCUCUCGGAAGCCCUCUUGAAGCAGGGAACACAAUCCUCUAUGCACCAGGCCUCUUCAUCUGAUGCAGAAGUAUUGCAUUUAACCAAGGGGAUAUUUGUGGAUGAUACUACUCCUAAAAUUCCAGUCAGUGAAAAUACAUCUGUGAUGGAUACAAAUUUGACUAAUGAGUGUGAACUUGGUCUGGCUGAUACUUAUUUGUCUCCAACUGCUGAUAGCAGAGAAAAUGAAUAUCAAGGUGAUCAACCACAUAGUGUUGUCUAUCAAAACGAAGAGGGAAAAUGGGUGACUGACCUUGCAUAUUAUACAUCAUUUGAUAAAGAGCAAGACAUAAAUCUGUCUGAAGACAGUAAAAUAUGUGAGGAUUUCAUAACAGGAUCUGAAGCGGUUGCUAUGAUUGCACAAGAUGAACAAGAAUUUGAAAGAGAACGCAGAUUUUUGCAGGUAGGGAAAAUAGACACACUAAAUACAACUGGGCUAGCAGAUAUAUCGUGGAAAUCUGCCAACAGCUAUAACCUGCUGAGAGCAUCCCAGACAUUUGAUCUUAAUAAGGAUGCUAGCUAUUUAUGUUUGUCUUUGGGAGAGUUCUUCAGUCAGAGAUCUGAAGCUCUUGGUUGUCUUGGUGGAGGCAGUGAUGUAAAAAGGCCAUCUUUUGGUUAUCAAAUUACAUCUCCAGAGAAAAAGCAGCCUGUUGCUUUGUUAAGGGAAUCUGAUGCAUCGAGUGGUAACUUACAUGAAGAAAGAUCACAACUUUCUGAUGUAUUUCCAGAAGACGGAGACGUGCAUGUAAAGGAAUAUACAAACUCUGUGUCAACCGCGUUCACUAUUGCUGAUAUGGAAGCUGUACCCAGAAUAAAUGAAAACAUUAAUAUGCAUACUGUCACAGAAAGCAAAGCAGAGGAACGACUUGAUAGAAGUAAACUUGAAUACAAGCUGCCUGAUUUCACAGACUCUGUUCUGAGCAUUAGUACAAUAGCUUCUGCAAUUGCUAAUGCUUCUAUUAGUGCUGACCCUUCCCAGCUAGCUGCUAUGAUAAUGGCACUCUCAAACAAAAAAUUAAAGAAAUCUUUACAUCCUGAAGCUGAUAAGGAUACAAAUCUCUCCACUCAUCAGCUUUUAUCCAGCAAUGUAGAAAACAGUGCAUUUGAUAUGGAGAAAUACCUUAAAAAAACAGAAGAGCCUGAGCAUGGAAGCGAGCCUGACAACUUUGCAAAAUACGAAACAUCCAUCCAGGACCAUAUUUGGGAUAGCUCUUUACCAGAUGAACAUAAACAUCAAGAUACUCUUGCAAUGGAUUUGUUAAAGAUGCAUAAUAAGAAUCGAAGAAGAGAGAACCAACUUCUGAACUGUAAGGAAAUGACACAUGAAGGAAAUAGCACUCAAGAUUUUUCUUGUGCAUCUAACUUUCCUUUGGAUGUAAAGAAAACUAUAAUUGGGGCUAAAUCUUCAGAAGCAUCAGACUUUAUAAGUGAAUAUCCACAACCAAAGAGAACUAGCCUGACCUUGGAUGUACUAGACACAGGAAAUAUAUCUAAUGAAAAGGAAGCACAAGUGCUUUUAAAUGAUUCUGCCACAAAAAAGGAGGUGGCACGUACAGUCAAGUCUGUUUCAGUAAAACAAUCUAGUAAGCAAACCAGUCAUGUUGCAGGCUGUUCUCAUACCGGUAUAACUGAUAAGGCGAUGAACUUAACUGUUCCUGUACCAAGUAAGUCAGUGGAUAGAACUGCUAUCAGAAGCACAGUGUCAAUAAGCAACUUAAAACCUGUCCAGGAAUCUAGUAUUCAUUAUCCUACCAAAGCAAAGUCUACACAGCAACUGACCAGGGAUGAAAGACAAGGGGGAAAAAUGCAAAAGAGAAUUAAGGAAGCUAGUACUGCUUGCAGUAAUGAUAAAAAAUAUCUGACUUCUGGAAAACUUUCUGAGGUGUCUCAGAAGAGUGUUGAGCAGAAGCCAACAGCUCCUGAAUGUGAUUUGCAGUCUUCAGAAGAUGAGCAAUACAGCUUCAGACCUUCCACUUCACCACUAAUUCAUUCUUCUCCCGGUGAAGCUUCUGGAACAUCUGUUUCAGGAUCUGAAGUUGAUUCUUCUGACACAGCACCCUGUUUUCAGAAAACUUCCUGCAAAGACAGUGUACUGCUUCAGUCAGUAUGCUCUAGUUCCAAUAUAAGCCAAUUAACAUACAUUUCUUCAACUGAUAGUGCCCUUAAGAACUCAGCCCUUGUGUCUAGUGUAGAAAGAUGCUGGAGUGAAGAUGCUAUUGAGCUGAGCACAACUAUCGUUCGAGCAAGUCCAACUCCAGUAUCGGAAGAGCCAGCUGAAAAACUUCAUGAUUUAUCAUGGCAAAGAAAUAGAAAAAUGACAUCAGAUGUAAAUCGGGGAAGCCUGAAUCAAAAAUUGGAAGAAAAGGAAUCUGUAGAUUCCUCCUGCAGCCGACUUAAAGGAGCACCAAACAGCGAGUUGUCAGAGUGUUUGCCAAAAAAUGAAAAUCAGUUUGCGCCUCCAAAUGCAACAUCUAGCCAUAACGAAUUGGACCAUGUUAACACAGCUUUAUCAAACAAGUUGUGUGCCCUUCAGCCACUGUCUGUUAAGGCUGAUACACCAGCAGCGUGGCAGGAUCAUACAAACAAAACACAAAGGUCUGGAUUAUCACCUGUAAAUAUAUUACCUACAUACACUGGAAUAGGUACCUAUAUGCCAUUAAAUCAGAACACUUCUGGGGAGCAGUAUAUUCCCAUUUCAAGCUUUAAGUCUCUUGGGUCUGCCCCUGAGACUCAACCAGUGUCUUCUGUCAUUCCAACGCUACUUACUGGACGUUCACUUGCCACAACUCCAUUUGCACAACAGUAUUUAGGAAACAUGCAGUCAAGCGGAAACACUGCAUUGCCGCCUUGUCAUGGUGGCAGCUCCACAGGUUUUGGUCUUCCAGUGGGACUUCAUUGUUCUGGUAUCCCAGCAGGACACAUUCAGAGUUCAGUUGCCAUGGGAGUUCCUUUAGGACCAAGCAUUGGUCCUGGAUUUUUGAGUACAGCUUCUCUUUGUAAUCCAUGUACCGCUUCCUGGAACCAGAAUAUUUUGAAUACAAAUUCAUACACUGGCCAGCCUCCUGGAUCUUGUGGGGUUGAACAUUGGGAGUCACUGUCAUCCUCUGGCUUUGGGCAUGUGAGAGUACCAGAAGAGUUGAAGUUCCCUAAUGUGUGUUGUGUGGGAAUCGCGUCACAAACCAUACUUAGUAUUUUUAAUCCAACCGAACGUUGGUUACAGGUCAGCAUUGGAAUACUCAGUGUUUCAGUUAAUGGGGAAAAGAUUGAUCCCAUGAAGUAUCAAUGUCUGGUGUUCAAGAACAAAACCAUUGUAGGACCUCACUCUACAGAGGAACUGAAAAUACUUUUCUUACCAUGUUAUCCUGGAGUCUUCCAGUGUGUCUGCAGCGUUUCUUCCUGGCCAGUUUCUGCAGAUGCAGAGACAAUAGUCCAAGCAGAAGCCUUGGCCACUAGGGUGGUUUUGACCGCAGUUGCUGAAAAUCCUAAUCUAGAGGUGGAAACAGGAAAAACUGAUGGUCUAGAUUUUGGUGACUUGACCUGUGGCAGUUGGAAGUCUCUUCCACUAAAACUGAUCAACAAGACCCAGGCUUCUGUGCCAAUCAGACUUAUUAUCAAUGCAAAUGCAGUAGCCUGGCGUUGCUUCACAUUUUCCAAGGAGCCUGUUAAUGGAUGUUCAUUCCAAACUGGUGCAUUCUUUCCAAUUGCAGCACCAUCAGUUGUAAACCAUGUGAUGCACGCGAACUGCAAUGGUCAAGAUCCUGAAACUUUAAUAGUCUGGGUUCUGUUUCAUGCACCAAAGAAACACAUCUCUUGUUUAGAUUAUUUGGGUCCAGCAGAUGAAUUCGUAGCAAGAGUUGAUGUGGAGGUUGAUAGUCUGGGGCCUACUAAUGUGAUAAACAGCAUUCCCCUCCGAGCAAGAGCUGGAACAGCCAGGAUACAUGCACCACAAGACUUGCAGACUAUAUGUUUGUCAGCUAGUGUGGGUUCCUCAGCUAAACAACAACUGCCUUUAAAGAAUGCUGGAAAUAUUGAAGUCUGUUUAAAAAUUAAGACUUCAAAUCAAGAUAACUGCUUUUGUGUCCAACCUGAGGAUCUGUUCCUUAAGCCUGGAGAAGAACAAGAAAUAGUAGUCACAUUUUCUCCAACAAGUUUAAAAGACAAUGGAGAAAGCAUUUUGGAAAUUCUUGUGUUGCCAUCUGGGCCACAGUAUGAAGUGGUGGUAAAAGGUGAGGUGGAAAUCAUGAGAAACAAGACUUUGGCAACAGCUCCCUCCUGCUCAGACAUCCCACCUAUUCUCUCCAACAAGCAGUUUGUGGCAUGGGGAGGGGUUGCACUUGGACGAGCAGAUCUACAGAAAUUAACUCUAAGAAAUAAUUCUCCAUCUACAUCUCAGCAUCUACGAUUGUUGAUAAGUGGUCAGGAUCAAGACUGCUUUCAGCUGCAAAGUACGUUUGGUACAGAAGAGCGGUUGACCAGUACUCGGGAACUCAAAAUCCGUCCGAAAGAAGAUGCUAAUAUUUACUUGAUGUUUGCACCUAGUCGUGUAACGUACAUGUUAGCAAAGCUUGAAAUCAAACAGCUGGGGAUUCAGUCGCAACCAGGGUUUAAGUUUAGUAUACCUUUGUGUGGAUAUGGAGGAACAAGCAAUGUCAUUUUGGAAGAUGUCAGAAAAGUAUCAGAUUGUUAUGUGAUAAAACUGAAUGGCUUAUUGCCUGGCAAAUUAAAAAAGGUGUCUUUUCGCGUAAGAAAUACAGGUUCUCGAGCUGCUUAUGUUAGAACACUGUGCUUUUCGGAUCUGAAGACUAGAGCCCUUAUGGAUCUGAAAAUGAUAAGUGUAUUUCCUGAGAAGUUUGUACUUAAGGAAAAAACACAAGAGGUAGUUACAAUCACAUGGAAUCCUGUCGAACGGGAAGAAAUAUUUAAUAAAACAAGUACAUCAUUGUUAGCUACAAUAUGUCUAUUCUGUGGAGAUGAAGUUUCCAGACAACAGUAUCGCAGAGCUAUACUAUGUAAACCUGAAGCAGCAAAACAAAUGCUCCCUGAACACAGUGUGCUGAGAAAUGUUAAGUUUGAUGAAGAAUUUAGAGGGGAGCAGCUAGUGGCUGAAGCAUACGAUCUGCAUCCAAGGACAAAUUACAUUAAUCUUUUUUAUGGAAAUAUGCGUAAAGUCACUCUUUCUGUUGUUGGAGAUUCCACCUUUAACAGGAAUUGUCUUCAGCUAUCUCCAGGACACAGGUUGGAGUCAGACAGACCUGAGAAUUCAGAGGGGCAUAUCAACACAACUUUAGAUGUUCUUCCAGUUAAAGGACCUCAGGGUCCCUCAUUAUCUUUAAAUACUGAUGAACCUCUUCAGAGUCAAUUAGCUUCUCAACAUGUAUGGGCUAUUCAGCCUGAACAUUUAAUUUUGACAUCACCUUCUCUUUGUGGAACAGCAGAGACUGGACACCUGAAAAUUAUGAACAAAUCAAGUAGGACGUUAAAAUUUGAGAUGUCUUGGCCAGCUCAUUGUCUUACAGUUACUCCUCAGCAUGGAAUAAUUGAGCCUGAGAGCUGCAUAGUAGUUCUUGUGAGUCCUAAUCCAUCUCUUGCCACAAAGCUUUCAGAAUUUCCAUGGAGUGGUAUAAUUUAUGUACACUGUGACAACGGACAUAAGUUUGUUAAAGUACUCAUUAGAGAAGAGAUUGCACAGGAUGCAUCUGCGGGCUUGGCUUCUAAAACAUCAACUCCACCAUCUAGAUCUCCUAGAAUUCAUAUGGCAAAACCACUUCCAAAGCCACCUUCAACAAAAGUUCAGAUAAAGAACAGGACAAUAGUUUUCCCUGAAACAGGAACUGGUGAAAGCUCAGAAAACUACCUAGAAAUUGAAAAUAAUGGGGAUGAAGAUGUGAAAUGGUGUUUGUCAUCCUUUGCACCACCUUAUGUUAAGGGUGUGGAUAAAAGUGGAGAUGUUUACAGAGCUACCUACUCCGCUUUCAGAUGUUCCCGUGUAUUUGGUACAAUUGAGGGUCAUGGAAAAGAGAAGGUUAUCAUCAUCUUUUUACCUAGAGAUAAAGGAGACUACACCCAGUUUUGGGACCUAGAGUGUCAUCCACUUACAGAACCUCACAUGAAACAUAAACAAAGGUUUCAACUGUCUGGAGUGGGAGCCAAAACUGAAAAUAAAGUUCUGAAUGCAAAAAUUUCCACAGAUACCCUAAUAAAAACUGAAAUUCCAGUUUCUUCCAGAAGAAGAGCUGUUUCUGAAGCUUCUGCCUUCAAAACAGGCAGGCGAAAUGAGGUAAUUCGAGGUGUGUAUGCCCCAGAAGACCUCUAUACAUUUCUUCCAACCAGAGUUGGCGAAUCAUCCACGUUAAAAGUCAACUUACGAAAUAAUUCUUUUAUAACGCAUAUGCUGAAGUUUGAGAGUCCCAGAGAGCCUUUCUACAUCAAGCACUCAAAAUAUUCUUUGAGAUCCCUGCAUUAUAUUAACCUGCCAGUCCAGUUCAAGCCGAAGUCAGCAGGCAGAUUUGAAGCUCUGUUGGUUGUGCAUACAGACAAAUGUAGCAUUCUUGGUAUUCGACUAUGUGGUGAAGCUCUUGAGAGAGCUGGAGAAUAGUCAUCCUAAUGAUUAAACUAAAUUAUUGACAUUUUGAUAGCACAUUCUCUUAACUCCCUCUUCUUUUUUACCUACAAUGCUGCUUUCAUGUACAAUCAUUUGUAAGAUAGAUCAUGGUGCUUGUUUUACAGAUGGAUUUUUUACUUUCAUGUUAAAUUAAGAGUUGACAUUUUCUAUGGUAAAACCAUCAUGUCCUAACUUACAUUACUGCACUUUGUUGUCACAAAGAGAAAUGUAUUUUAUUUUUGCAUUGCUAAAAAUGGAUGUAUUUAUUUUAAACUGAGUAAAUUCAGAAAUAAAGUUGACAUAUUAAAAGUG